AUGAGCAUAGUUCGCAGGGUUAGUAUCCUCGUACCAAGGAUCCCUGUUCAAAUUGCGCAAUGCCUUCAAGGGACCACCGGAGAGUCAGUAGUUGGCUUUUGCCGUAAGCAUGGCAUUGCUUAUAAAUCUACCACAUUGCAUCCACCAGGUGGCACCUUCCCACCGGCUCGGCUGUUUCAUAUCGAGGCAGACACGGAAUCUGCAGGUGGCGUUCUGUUCUACGCACAUGGUGGAGGCUACAUCAGCCCGACCUCGUCUGGUUCGCUUAAUGUUGCAUUGGCUCUCGCAAAAUCGCUUGGCUGCCGUCAGCUAAGCUUUCUGGAGUACAGUCUCGCACCGGCGGCAAGAUAUCCUAGUCAGCUAGCCCAAGGCGUAGAAGGCCUCAAGUGUUUACUUGAGGAAUUUGGUGCAGCAUCCGUCGUGAUCGCUGGAGAUUCAGCUGGCGCUAAUCUCAUGUUGGGCCUGCUGGCUCAUUUGCGAACACCGCAUCCGGACGUACGGUCGGAUAUAGAGCUCGACAGUAACUUGGCUGCUGUGGUCUGCAUCAGUCCACGUUGUUCCAAUGCAAUCGUCGCUCCAAGUUUCCAGGAGAAUGGUACUAGAGAUGUGUUGAGCAAAAGAACGUGCCAAUUCUUUGUUGAAACUUGGCAACCUGUGCUCGAUCAUGUUUGGGCUGCAUCGAACAAUGGAGAUGCAAGCUUCUGGAGCGAUGUCGAGGUCGACAAAAUUUUGGUGCUAGCUGGAGAGUUCGAAUGCUACAUUGACGAUAUAAAGACUUUCGCAAAUCUACUUGGAACUUCAGAUACAAAAGAUAAGGCACGGCAAUUCCACAUAGCCAGGGGUGCCAUUCAUGAUCAAGUUGUCCUCGACCAUGCUCUGAAGAUCCAAGGAGGUUCCAUGGACCGCUUACUAUUUGAGUGGGCUGGCAACAAUCGAUUACCUUUGUAA